AUGGACGACCCGGACUAUUGGAAGGACCGCCAUGAUUCAGACAUCCAAGAAAUUAUCUACGGCGGCGGCUUCGUUCGCGAUGAUCGGGCCUGGAUAGGCGCGCAUGAUGCGGAGGACAUCGAGACCGCAGGGCUGUUCGGCACGCAGCAGACGCUGCUAAUUCGUCACUAUGAAGAUAGGACGCGAUUGAUAGGGGGCGUCGCCCCCGCCCACCCCACCUUGAAUCCGUCUCUGUGCGUGAAGCACCCGUGCCCGUCGCAAUGCACCAGCGGUCGGUGCAGGAACGCCAUGCAUCUAGUCUGGUGGAAAUCCAACCAACACGAGACAGCCUGGAUGGUGUAUCUCUUAGAUAUUGAGUAUGACAAGGAUCACCGGGCUUUUCAUAUGACGGAGAAGAGAACGGAUCUUCACCCUUUGAAGAUUCGUUAUCAUGGCACAGUAGAUAUGGCGUAUGACGAGAGGUACACGGAGUUCAUCCAGCCUACCGGUCUUCUCCCGUUUAUAUCGCUUGUAAGCCGUGGGGGGCCGAACAUGAACGCCGCGGCACUCACCGCCCUUGUCGACCGGUGGAGGCCGGAGACGCACACCUUCCACUUGAGGGCCGGCGAGAUGACCCCUACUCUUCAGGAUGUUUCCAUGAUACUUGGACUUCCUAUUCAGGGCGACCCACUGUGUAUGAACACAGCUUCUGAUGGGUGGCGCCAGCAGAUGAAGAACCUUAUUGGCAUGGCUCCUCCACCGCCAGAAGAUCCAAAGGAGAGAACUCCCGCCGGCGCAUCUUUCUCUUGGAUCAGGACUAACUUUGGAGAAUGCCCGGAAGGGGCCAACGAGGACACUAUCAGGACGUACACCCGUGUGUACUUGUGGUACAUGCUGUCGAGAAGUCUCUUUGCUGAUAGUGGUGGGAAGCUGGCCCAUUGGUGUUGGCUCAAGGCGCUUACGGUGUUGGAGAACCGGUGGAGUUGGGGAACAGCGACACUUGCCUACCUCUACCGGCAGGUGAUGAUAUGA